AGGAAAUUUAAGCUUUAAGAAGGAAAGCAUUAAAAUGAAAUGGAAAUCGAAUGCAGUUUUUGUAUAUUUGUUUUACACCGUCAGAUUGACUUUGGGACAGCCUUUAUCCAAAUCUAAUCAAGGUAAUAUAUCUGUCUAUGCAGAGAUGCAGGGAUUAGGAAGACUUUACGAUAAUGAAAAUGUUCCUCAAUAUUUACGAAAUUUAUACAAAAGCUUGUCCAGUAAAAAUAUGUCUGGUGAUCUUUUGCACGAUGGAAAUGUGGCACGCAGCUACAAUGACUUAAAUACAAAAUCAAAAAGCAAAACUCACUAUUGUUUAUUUAACGUAUCGGAUAUUGAUAACCAACAAGAAAUUUUAAAAAAAGCAGAAUUGAGAUUGUUUAAAAGUCAUUACUCAAAAAACCGUUUUCAAACAGAUGUUCUACAAGUAAUUGUUACUAACUUAUUUAAUAACAAAACUGUCAGUUCAAAAAAAAUGAGUUUUUAUAGUUACGGUUGGCAGGUUUUUCCCGUCACUAAGGUAGUUCAAGACUGGAUUGAUAACAGAACUCAUAAUCGCGGUCUAAAUAUUUUAGUUCAAAAACUAAAUGGAUCUAGUGUACGUUUUGAUUUAAAUUUUAACAACUUUUACCGACAUGAUUCCGCUUUGAUAACUUUUACAAAAGAGAAAAGAGAGUUGUCACUACUUUCACUUUUAAAAAAAAAUGAAUUACAACCAAUAUUAGGUAUGAAUAAAAAAUCAAAAAAUAUAAACGACGUAGGCAAUAGAGUUCGCAGGUCAGAGGAUGGUAGAGAAAGUAAAUUAUGCGGAGUUGAGCCUUUAGUUGUACCAUUAGAACUAAUAGAUUGGCAUAAUUUGUUUAUAAUGCCUAAAAGUUUUUCCAUUAACCAAUGCAAAGGUCGAUGCUUCCAUAAAAACGAUGAAGAUUACCUAGGUCAAACAAGUCAUUCAAUAUUGCAAGCUUUGUACGCUGAUGUGCUUCAAGAUGAUAAUGUGAACUAUCCUUGCUGUGCUCCAACAAAAUUUUUACCAGCAUCAGCAAUAUUAAAUGAUCGCUCUUCUAACAGAGAAGUAUAUAAACUUGUACAGUUGGAAAACCUGCAAGUUACAGAAUGCGAAUGUCUUUAAACUAAUUUAUCAACAAAAUUGAAAUUUUUUUUUAAUUUUUUUUUUUUUGAAAUGAUAUAAAUGUAUAUUUAUGCUUAGAUAUUUAAUGUGAAUAAAAUGAAUACUUAAAAAA